GCAAACUGCACCAUAGCCAAACUGCUGCCCAAAAGUCUCACACGAAUCAGAUCAGAAGCUAAACCCGCCGGAAAGAUCUCACCUUUCACACUCGCAUUCGCAUGGAUCACUCCAAGAACUCCGUCUUGAACCUCGCCGUCCUCUCCCUCCUCUCCUCCGCCGUCCUCUUCCUCUGCUUCCUCUCCGCAACUCGCUUCCCCCGCCCCUGCCCCACCCGGAACCCGGCCUCGGUGCAUGCUCCGACGGACGGCCUGGGGUCCAUGCUGGCCCGAGCUGCGAUGCCGGACAAGACCCUGAUCAUCGCGGUCAUGAACAGAGCGUACGCAGAACAGGGCGUGAACUCGGACAAGACCAUGCUGGGACUCUUCCUCGAGAGCUUCUGGCUCGGGGAGGGCACCCGGGGGAUGCUCGACCACGUGCUGGUGGUCGCCGUCGAUGAGGCGGCGCACCGGCGGUGCCUGUUCCAGCGGCUCCACUGCUACAGGCUCGAAACAGAGGGCGUCGAUUUCGGGGGAGAGGAGGUCUACAUGUCGGAGGGCUUCGUGAGUAUGAUGUGGAGGAGGACUCGGUUCUUGACGGAGGUCCUCCGGCGAGGGUACAGCUUCAUCUUCACGGAUGCCGACGUGAUGUGGCUGAGAAACCCGUUCACGAGGCUGAGCCGCAACCAGAGCGACGACCUCCAGAUCAGCACCGACAUUUUCAACGGCGACCCUAGGUCGGAGGAGAACCUCAUCAACACCGGGUUCUACUUCGUGAGGUCGAACAACAAGACGGUCGCGCUGUUCGAGACGUGGUACGCCCGCAAGGACAACGCCACGGGGGAGAAAGAGCAGGACGUCCUGCUGGAGCUCGCGCGGGAGGGCACGUUCGAGGAGCUCGGGCUCAAUGUGAGGUUCCUGGACACGCGCUACUUCAGCGGGUUCUGUGAGGAUAGCAAGGACAUACGGGCCGUGUGCACCGUGCACGCCAACUGCUGCCGGAGCAUAAGCGCCAAGAUCUUCGACCUCACGGCGGUCCUCCUAGACUGGAAGCUGUUCCGGCGGUCUGGGGAGGGGGAGAACGCUGUCGGUGGGGCCAACGGAACCGCAGCGCCGUAUAGAUGGUCGGGCCACGUCGGCUGUUGGAGGUCAUGGAGGGUAGGGAACAACAGCGUCCCGAUUGCAUAAAAGGAUAAAGAAGGAUCCGAUUUGCUUUGAUUUUACCCAAAAUUAAGAGGAGGAAACACAUUUCUAAUGGUGAUUAUCAUCGUUUGUGUAUAUCUAUACCAACUUUUGACCUCUCCGUGUAUGGAAAUUUGCCUGUGAGAUUCAAUCC